AGACCGGUCUCAGCCAUGGACGGUCGGUAUAACGGCACCGGUCAACCCCACCUCAAGAAACAACCAAGAGGUACCAUCAUCGGUGAUGGAAGACCACCCUUUCGUAGGCUCGAGGGUCCCUACCCAGAGAAAUCAACCCAACUCAUGGGUAUUAUGGCCUUGUUUGUCUCUAGUGGACUCUUGUUCAUCAUUUCCGGCAUCACCGUCGUCACCACCGUUCUCGGCCUCAUAUGCUUUGCCCCCAUUAUCAUCAUCACCAGCCCGAUAUGGGUUCCGUUCGCUAUCCUUCUUUCCUUGGUCGUAGCCGGGGUAUUGUCUCUCUGUGUGUUCGGUCUGGUGGCAGCGGCCGUUGUUGAUCUCUUGGUUGUCCAAGUACUCAUGAAGAGGUUGCGACUUCUGGCGUAUGAAGAAUUGUUUGAACGAAACCAGAAAAUCGGUGCAAGUAGAGAGUUUUAGCUUGUUAAAUUCAUAAAAUAAUAAUAUUUUGGUGCACAUUUGGUGUAUGGUUUCUUUUUUAAAAAUGCUAUAAGAUGGUUGUAUAUGGCCAAUGGCGACCCUUUCCCCCUCCAUGAACCACCACCACCACCACCACCGCGCACCGUCAGCAGCCCACCAACAAUAUCAUUGGUGAUUGACCCAACUAUCACCUGAUUCGAGUGUGUCGAUUUGCAUCAGAAGUGUUCAAUUGAAAUGUGUUUUUUUCUUUUUAAUUAUAAUCGAAAAUUUUAGUUGUUGGGCAAAUAUAGCUAUGGGGCUAUAAAAAUAGAAA